AUAAGAAUAUAGCUUCUGGAUUUUGAGUUAACUGUUGCAAAAUUAAAUUUUCAUUUUAAAGAGGUCAAUUGUUUUGCUCACAACUAUUCUAAUAUAUUCCCCAUAUACCAAGGCAUGCCCUUCAAAUUCUAAAAAUCUAUACAGUAAUGCUUUGACUAUUUCAAAUUGAUGAGAUCUCAUGUCUACAAAAUCGUCUAGACGUUUUCAACAGCGAUCAUUCAAGUUUUACUGACAUUUGCUUUUCAAAUAUUCAACUUUACUUUUAUUUUCCCGAAUAUUUAACUUGACCUUUUGUUAUUUGCUCAUCAGUCGAUGGACUAUAAAGGACCCAAUCUUGAGAUUUUCAUAAUUCUUGAAUAGAAUCCACUUAAAAGUAAAGGAUGGUGGAACAGGGGGCAAGGAACGAGUGCCCCUAUAAGUAGCAAAAAAAAAAAAUGAGGGAGAGGAAGAAAGAAGACUUGUGAAACUUUAUGUCUGUUAUUCAAUCAGGAAAAAAUAAAUUAAGUCACAUAUAGGUUGUCCUGCCAUCCCCCCCCUUGAUCAAAAUAUUAUUUCAUUAUGGCACCACCGCCCCUUCAAUAUGUUAAAACAGUAGCAUAGUUCAAAACAUAUUUGCUUAUCGAUCGGGGGCUCGAAAAUAUUCAAAAGCUUGCUCUCUUCAUCCUGCUGAAGACUAUUUCACUGGGCUGAUCAGUUUUGGAAAGGACAUUUUCAUCAGGAUCGUUUGUGAGCCAGCAUCAUAACCUGGAAUUCCUCUGACAGAUCGAGUGAUUAGUCUGAUACCAGUUCGCUACUGGGGGAGUUACGGCUACUGACCAUGGCUCGGUGGCUUCUUGCGAGUGUGGUCAUCAUUGCCACAGUGUGGAGGUGUACCCAGGCACUCCCCAUUUCAAAACUUGAGCAGACAGGGGAGGCUGACAGCAAAGAACUAGUGAAUGGCAUCAUCACUCAAGACGCCGCAGCGAAAGAGAAUGCCCAUGAUCUUGCUGUGGUGAAAGGUAUCCAAAAAGAAACGGACCAAAACUACAUCGAUCUGGCCUACGGGUUCGACUACGAUGAUGAGUUUGAUGAUUUUGGGAAUGACGCCGAAGACGAGGAGAAAGGUGCUCUAAUUGCUCGCCUCUUCCAGCUCAGGGGUAGAGGAAGAGGUAGAGGAAAGCCAAAGCCAAAACCAAAACCAAAACCCUGUUCAGACUGCAAUAAACCUUGUCCUGGAAAUGGUGGAGGAGGCGGCGGCGGAGGAGGAGGUGGUGGUGGUGGAGGCGGUGGAGGUGGAGGCGGCGGAGGAGGCGGUGGAGGAGGAGGAUAUAAACCUAAGCCUAAACCAAAACCAGGAAAUGGUGGCGGUGGGGGUGGAGGAGGCGGAGGAGGAGGCGGUGGGGGAGGAGGAGGUGGAGGUGGUGGCGGUGGAGGAUACAAACCUAAGCCUAAACCAAAACCAGGUAAUGGUGGCGGUGGGGGUGGAGGAGGCGGAGGAGGAGGCGGUGGGGGAGGAGGAGGAGGAGGAGGUGGUGGCGGUGGAGGAUACAAACCUAAGCCUAAACCAAAGCCAGGUAAUGGUGGCGGUGGAGGAGGGGGAGGAGGAGGAGGUGGCGGUGGAGGAGGAGGCGGUGGUGGAGGAUAUAAACCAAAGCCAAAACCAAAACCAGGUAAUGGUGGAGGUGGCGGUGGAGGAGGGGGUGGUGGCGGAGGUGGUGGAGGCGGCGGAGGUGGCGGUGGAGGAUAUAAACCUAAGCCUAAACCAAAACCAGGUAAUGGUGGCGGUGGGGGUGGAGGAGGCGGUGGGGGAGGAGGAGGUGGUGGUGGUGGUGGAGGAGGAGGCGAAAACCAGGAAAUGGUGGGGGUGGAGGUGGUGGAGGUGGCGGCGGAGGAGGAGGAGGUGGUGGAGGUGGUGGCGGAGGAGGAGGAUAUAAACCUAAGCCUAAACCAAAACCAGGUAAUGGUGGCGGUGGGGGUGGAGGAGGCGGAGGAGGUGGCGGUGGGGGAGGAGGAGGAGGAGGAGGCGGUGGAGGAGGAGGAUACAAACCUAAGCCUAAACCAAAACCAGGUAAUGGUGGCGGUGGAGGUGGCGGAGGAGGAGGCGGUGGAGGUGGUGGGGGAGGAGGCGGUGGAGGUGGUGGGGGAGGAGGAGGUGGUGGUGGAGGAUAUAAACCGAAGCCCAAACCAAAACCAGGUUAUGGUGGCGGUGGAGGAGGGGGAGGAGGUGGCGGUGGAGGAGGAGGUGGCGGUGGAGGAGGAGGCGGUGGAGGUGGUGGUGGAGGGGGAGGAGGAGGGGGCUAUAAUUGGCAAAAGUAUGUUGGAUCAUACUACAAAAAAGAAGACAAUGCUCUUGCAGAAAAGGAAGCAUAAAUGA